AUGGCCUCAACCGCAACCUCCGCCGGCUUCGCCACGGGCGCGCUGCAGGUGCCCAAGCACGUCGGGGCGACGCGCGCGGCGUCGUCGGACCGGGCGCGGUCGUUCCGGCGCACGCAGUACAAGAAGUCGGCCAAGGCGCGGCUGGACGAGCUGGUGCGCGAGAUCACGACGGCGCGGCACGAGCGCGAGGCGCGCACGCCGCGGGCCACGGGCGGCGCCAGCGAGCUGGACGAGAGCAUCAAGCUGCUGCACGACAAGCACGCCGCGCUGGAGAUCUGGAGCCAGGAGCUGCGGUGCUCGGGCGGCGAGCGCAGCCGCAGCCGCAGCGCCAGCCGCACGAGGGGUGCCGAGAGCGGGCCUGAGUGA